AUGGCUACGGCUGCUGGCACAGCCUCCGCAACUUCUUUUAUCUCCGCGACAUUUACAGCCCCCUCGAACUCUACGGAAUCUCUCGCCCAAAAUGCGACUACGGUUGGAUGGAUGCGUGAGUCUGGCGGCCGAGGAACGCUGACAUUAAUCACGACCUGCCUUCUGACGAUGUUUAUCUGUACUUGGGUCGUUAUCCACCGCCGGGUUUAUAGGUCAAACUCUAUGGGCCAGUGGCACAAAACUGCGAUAUUUCUUAAAGCAAUUGUUGCACCUGAGUUUAUUGCUGUCGAGGGCCUACAGGAAUGGAGUCAAGCUAAAAAGAUGGUUGCGCAGUGCGCUGAAUAUAAAGAUGAUGAAGGGAAAAGUAUGGAACUUAUCCAUGCUUUCUAUAUCAGCAUGCUGGCAUUACGCUAUAGAGUUGGAAAAACAACAUCACGAGUUAUAUGGCCAAAUCAAUACGUAUGGCUCCUCCGACACGGAUUUAUCGAGUGGAGGAAUCAUGCAGAAUGGGGUUUAUUAAGGCGGGAUAUAGAGGAUAAAAGCAACACUGAUGGUUUCGCAAAGGCUACGGCAUUAGUUCAAGUCUUUUGGUUCGUAGCGCAAUGUAUCAUGAGGUCUGCGCAUGACCUCCCGCUUGCACCCUUGGAAUCAAUGACGAUCAGUUACAUCCCGUUAUUUGCCGUAACAUAUUAUUUCUGGUGGUUUAAGCCAAAAGAUAUUAUGUCACCGACAGUUAUCAAUCUACCGAACAUGACCAGCUCCCAAAGAGAAGAAUUCGAAGAUCUUGCGAUAAGUUCCGACUUCGAUGAUGAAGGUUUAGAUCGGCAAAAUUCGUGGGGCAAUAUAUGGGCCUUGACGCCGAGAGUGUUUGAGAAAGAGUACAAUGAUGCCAGGAAAGCAGAAAGAUUAGAAAGGCAAGCGCAACCGAUGGUUUUCGAUGGUAAAGGUGGUGUCAAUGUCACCGUAGUCUCUGAGAUUGCGGUGUACAAGGAAGAGAGAGUGGUAGCCCAUUGGGAUCCGGACUUAUACGGCUCGUGGCUUUGGCCGUUGAUAUGCCUAUUUGGAGCUUCAUUUGGCGCCCUGCAUUUGAUAUCUUGGGAGACACAUUUUCCUACCCUGACAGAGUUAUGGCUAUGGAGGGCAUCAGCCAUUGCAUCUAUCGUUUCACUACUGGUCUUUAUGCAUUACCCACGGGUGGUUUUGAAAUGGGGUGGUCCGGUGACGAUGCUGAGUAUUAUUUCACCAGCAAUAUACCUCCUCAGCCGGAUUGUAAUGAUUGCCGGAGCAAUUGCCGCAUUUAGACGGGCAGACCCAGCCCUUUACGAGACUUAUGUUGUUUCUGAUUACUGGAUACACAUUCUUUAA